AUGGAAGACACCAGUUCAAUCAUAAUUCCUUUGAUGACAUAUCAUCAGCUGGACGACCUGAUAAAUAAAUUGAACCUUGAAUUAGAGGAUCAAGAGAAGCACUUUCUUCAUCAUACCACCCAGGUCAAUGCUUGGGACUGUACAUUGAUUGAGAAUGGUGGAAAGAUUACUGUUUCACAUGGAGAAGUGGAAAAAGUGAAAUUGCAUAGAAAAAGGCUAGAAAAUGAAUUGGAUUUUGUCCUGUCACAGCAGAAGGAAAUAGAAGAUCCCUGGGUCCCUUUAGCGGAGUCUUUGAAGGACCAGAGUAGUUCUGUUUAUCAGAAAUAUGAAGACGAGGAGCAUGCGAGGAUUUAUAAAUUAGCAGAAAAUAUAGAUGCUCAGUUGAAACAAAUGGCACAGGAUCUCAAGAACAUUAUUGAACACCCGAAUAUAUUUGAAAAAACCUGCUUACACUACUGA